ACGCAGCUAACUGUCCUGCAGAUUAAAGAUGGCGCCCUCUCACGCGCUAAGGUGCUGUAAACGGGCUUUAAACUGGGUACCUGUUCUGUUUAUUAACCUUGUCAUCGGCUGGUCUUAUUAUGCCUAUGUCAUAGAGCUGUGUGUCUAUACAAUCCCAAAUAAUACAGAGAGAAUCAGUUAUUUGGUCAUCUUCCAUAUUUGCCUCAUCAUGUUCAUCUGGUCAUACUGGAAAACCAUUUGGGUAACACCAGCUGAACCUUCUAAAGCAUUUAGUUUGCCCAGAGCAGAGAAAGACCAGUUUGAAAAAGAGGAAAGAGCAGAAGUACAACAGGAGAUUUUGAAUAAAGUGGUUCGAAAUUUACCUGUGUACACCCGCACUGCUGUAGGAGCAGUUCCAUACUGUAAUUCUUGCCAAGUUAUCAAACCUGACCGCUGCCAUCACUGCUCCACGUGCGAGAGAUGUGUGCUGAAAAUGGACCACCACUGCCCCUGGGUCAAUAAUUGUGUUGGAUUCUCAAACUAUAAAUUCUUCAUUCUAUUUCUGGGUUAUGCUUCACUUUACUGCAUCGUCAUUUGUGCCACAGUAAUACAAUAUUUCAUCAAGUUUUGGAAGAAACUGCUUCCUGAAACUCACGCAAAGUUCCACAUCUUAUUCUUGUUCUUUGUGGCGGCUUUGUUUUUCAUCAGCAUUGUUUCACUGCUCAGCUAUCACCUGUGGCUUGUUGGGAAGAACCGCACCACUAUAGAGGCUUUCAGGGCCCCUGUCUUUACUAGUGGACCAGACAAAAAUGGCUUCUCUUUAGGCUUCAGAAGAAAUGUUGCAGAGGUCUUUGGUGAUCAGGCAAAGUACUGGUUCUUCCCUGUUUUCUCCAGCCUUGGAGAUGGACAUUCAUUUGUUACCAGGCUGGUUCAUAUAGAUCGUGAACAUGCCAACAGCAUUCUUCAGCAAAAUGGAAAGAGUUGCAACCUUGUGGAUGGUGCAACAAACCUGUGUCACCCUGCAAAUAAUGUAGAGCAUACACUGGACAAAACAGGACAAGCAGACUCUGUGGUGAUAGAGAAUGAGUCAUAGUGAGUCUGAGAUUUCAAGCUAAAACUGAAUAUGUGAUGCCUUAACCAUCCUCUGUGAUUCCUCCGUGCCCCUCCCCUGGUGCAGUAUUCUGUACAAAUUGCCUGCAAACUUCACAAUAGAGAUCAAAUGCACAAAUAUAAAACAAAAAGGCCAGAAGAUUUCAAUACAGGGUUUUUAUUUUAUUAUGUCAUUAGCCAGUUUAGGAAAACCUGUGAAACUGUUGGGAGAAUGAAGGAUUAAAUAAUGAUACUGAUAAAUUAAUGAUGAAUGAUCAGAUGUUGAAACUUCCUUUUACUCUAACAUAACCCAUGUGUAUCCUGUCAUAUACUAAAAUAUGAUUGGUCCUUGUCACCAAGAUGAGUUGUUGCCAUAAUUUUAAUAUAAUUUUGUAAAAAAAAGAAAACAUGUAACAUUUGUAGUACUACUUUGUACAGUAUGGUUUCAUGUGUGGGUGGAGAGUCCUUGCCUCAAGUGGAGGAGUUCAAGUAUCUUGGGGUCUUGUUCACGAGUGAGGGGAAGACGGAACGUGAGAUUGACAGACGGAUCGGUGCAGCUUCGGCAAUGGUGUGGUCGCUGUAUCGGACCGUUGUGGUGAAGAGGGAACCGAGUCGAAAGGCGAGGCUCUCGAUUUACCGGUCAGUCUUCGUUUCUACUCUCACCUAUGGUCAUGAGCUCUGGGUAGUGACCGAAAGGACGAGAUCGCAGAUACAAGUGCUCGAAAUGAGUUUCCUCCGCAGGGUGGCUGGGCGCUCCCUUAGAGAUAGGGUGAGGAGUUCAGUCACACGGGAGGAGCUCGGAGUAGAGCCGCUGCUCCUCCACGACGAGAGGAGCCAGUUGAGGUGGCUCGGGCAUCAGUUCUGGAUGCCUCCUGGGCGCCUUCCUCAGGAGGUGUUCCGGGCAUGUCCCACCGGGAGGAGGCCCCAGGGAAGACCCAGGACACGCUGGAGGGACUAUGUCUCUCGGCUGGCCUGGGAACACCUCGGGGUCCCCCCGGAGGAGCUGGAGGACGUGUCUGGGGUAAAGGAAGUCUGGGAGUCCCUGCUCAGGCUGCUGCCCCCGCGACCCAGCCCCGGAUAAGCGGACGAAAAUGGAUGGAUGGGUUUCAUGUGUUAAACUGAAUGUUUUGUACAAAGCCACUCAAGAAAUUGUUUCAUAAUGGACCAGUAUUACUAUGACUGUAUAAUAUGUUAAGCAACAGUUUCCUAGAUAAGGAUGUCAGUUUGAAGAAUGUGUUUACAUGUAUAUAUAUAUAUUUUUUUUUCAUGUUCUUCAGCCACUUUAUAUUUUACUCCAAAAACAAAACCCUUGACCAAAUUGUUGCACUGUAAUAUGAUGAAAUUAAUAUUAUUUUUUUAUAUAUAUGUUUUAAAGUUGUAUUUAUCUGUGUUUUGUUGAAUAAUGCAAUGGUUUCAACCAAGGAAAGACUGGCAAUUUGUUAAAGAUAAUGCUUUAAUUUUAUAUUUAUUUAAGUGAAAUUAUGUAUUUUGUGUAACAUAAAUGCCCUCACUUCCAUUGAUCAAACUUUUGCUAUUGAGUGAGAACUAAUUAUGUGCUUUAAGUAAUUAGUUUUGUAUAAGACAGCUUUUUACUGAGAACUUGUUGAAGGAUUUCUGUUUCUUAACUGUUAAAAUAAACUGUAUGUAUUUA